UAGCAAACUUGUUUGCGUCAAUUUUAUUUUGAUCUAUAAUUUCCAAAUCAGAAAAGUAUUCCGAAAUUCAAAGCUUAUCGUCUUAAUUUUCAACUACAGCAUGUCCGUUGGCAAAAUUGUUAUAUACGGUGGGCGAGGUUCUCUAGGAUCAGCAUGCGUUAAUUACUUCAGGGCAACUAAAUGGUGGGUCGGAAAUGUAGACGUAAGAGCCAAUCCCAAAGCUGAUUUCAACAUCACAAUAUCUCCCGACGCAUCGUGGACGCAGCAAGAGGAGCACGUUAUGACAUUACUUAACACAGGACUACGGACUCACAAAGUGGAGGCUAUUGUUUGUGUGGCCGGUGGCUGGGUUGGAGGUAAUGUCUCACAGAACUUCAGUCGGAAAGCGGACCUCAUGUGGCGCCAGUCUGUGAUAUCGUCCUCCAUCGCUGCUGUCGCUGCUUCCAAAUACCUCUGUUCGGGAGGAUUGCUCGCUCUCGUAGGAGCUACACCGGCUUUGAAAGCCACACCAAACAUGAUGGGCUACGGCAUGGCUAAAGCAGCUGUCCACCAACUCACUAAGUCUCUCGGAGCUGAAAAUUCCGGUCUGCCCGAGCAGGCAGCUGCAGUCGCAAUACUUCCGCUGGUGAUAGACACACCAAUGAACAGGCGAAUGUUGCCUAAAGCAGACCAUACCAGAUGGACCCCAAUGUCUUUUGUGAUCGAGUUGAUUGAUAAAUGGAUCCAUGGUCAAGAGCGUCCAGCAAGUGGUAGUCUUAUGGCACUAGUUACAAAAGAUAAAAAUACGCAGGUACUGCGAGUGACAGAAAAUCUAGAAAAGUCUGAGGUCCUAAUAGGUCCUAUAACAGAAACAACCCAUUAAAUACACAGCAAGUUAUUUGGAACUAUA